AUGACGGGCAAGGCGGGCGAGGCGCUGGCCCACGGCCUGCCCAGCAAGCCCAAAGCCCCCGACGGCGCGCCGCCUCCGCCGGCCUCGGGCCAGCCGGGGGCAGGGGCGGCGGCGGCCCCGGGGGCCAAGCCCGCCUCGACCCCCACGGCGCCGCGCUGCACUGGCUUCGGCAUCCAGGAGAUCUUGGGCUUGAACAAGGAGCCGCCUCCUCACCCGCGCGCCGCCCUGGACUCCCUGCCCGCCGGGCACCUGCUGGCGGCCCGCUCGGUCCUCAGCCCCGCCGGCGUGGGCGGCGUGGGCAUGGGGUUGCUGAGCGCCGGCUCUCUGCCCGGCUUCUACGGGCAGCCCACCUUCCUGGAGGUGCUGGCCGACCCGCCCAGCGUCCACCUGCAGCCGCUGGGCCGAGUCCCCGCGCAGCUGGACACCAGCCAGACGGCCAGCUCAGAUUCCGAGGACGUUUCCUCCAGCGACAGGAAAAUGUCCAAAUCCUCCUUGAACCAGAGCAAGAAGCGGAAGAAGAGACGGCACAGGACAAUCUUCACGUCCUAUCAACUGGAGGAGUUGGAAAAAGCCUUCAAUGAGGCCCAUUAUCCUGAUGUCUAUGCAAGGGAGAUGCUGGCUAUGAAAACAGAACUUCCUGAAGACAGGAUACAGGUUUGGUUUCAGAAUCGAAGAGCCAAAUGGCGGAAGAGGGAGAAAUGCUGGGGCAGGAGCAGUGUAAUGGCAGAAUAUGGGCUCUAUGGUGCAAUGGUACGUCACUCCAUCCCUCUGCCAGAGUCCAUCCUCAAAUCGGCCAAGGAUGGCAUAAUGGAAUCCUGUGCUCCUUGGCUGUUGGGGAUGCACAAAAAAUCUCUGGAGGCAGCGGCUGAGGCGGGGAGGAAGCCAGAGGUGGAGCGCCAGGCCCUGCCCAAGCUUGACAAGAGCGACAAGGAAGAAAGGGGCCUAGAUUCCAAAACCACCAUUUCCCAGGAAGAACUGAGAGAGAACAGCAUUGCUGCCCUCAGGGCCAAAGCUCAGGAGCACAGCACCAAAGUCCUGGGGACCAUCCCUGGAGAUCCUGCUACCCCAAUAAGGAAGCCAGAAAAAGAGGAAGAGGCAGCCACAGCAGAGGACCAACGACAAAUGGAAAAAUCAGAUUUAUCACAAGAGGAAGAGAAGCUGAUUUAG